AUGGCGUUCGAUUUUGGCGACAGCUCGUUCGCUAUCGGAUCAGCUCUAUCCGAAGAUGCAUCCUCAGAGCAGCAAUGGCGGAGGGGCGUGGCGCGUCAUGCUAUGAGCCACGGCGGUGCCAACCAGAGGGCAUUCGCCGCCGCGGGGUCGGAUGCCCCUGUGUCCGACGACCGUCUAGGGAUCUACCUGAUCCAGGAGUUCAGCUGGGGCACCUACACGGCGAUCGACUGCAACCGCAUUGCGGUCCUUGCCACCACGGACGGCGCUACGGGUGACCUUCUCGGCAAGAUCGCUGGCGUGGGCACUCGCGGGCAGAACAAGCAGAACUGCCAUCGAGAGCUCAUCACGAUUUGCCAGCACCUACCCGGAGGCAAAAAGUUUGAUGUCGCAUCGUGCAGGUUGCCUAUGGUCGUCACGACGGGCGAAGAUAUCGGACCGCAGCCAGUUAUACAUGGCUACAUCGACCCCCACGAGUGGUUUAGCUUCCUGUACCACAGUUUCAGGGAUUCGUGGACAGCUCGUUUUCUUGGGAAGGGCCCGAGCGAAGUGACAUUGCGAGACUUCUGGGCUGGCAUGCACCCUCGGGACCCCCGCAGGCCUACGGACUACAAUAGGCAGUACUUCUACACGAAAGCAAUCCCUAUUGGCUUGCAUGGGGAUGGAGCGCCAGUCAAUCGGCUUCUUGGGUUGAUGUCUAUCGUCUGGUUCGGAAUGUUUGGUUCAGGGUCGACCGACGACGUGCUGAACUUGAUAUCGUGUUACUUCGGCGAGCUGGAGGUCGGCAAUUUUCACGAUUACGAAGGCGAGACAACAAAAACUACGUUCUGGAAGCGGAUCAUCUGGAGCCUCAACGCCCUUCGGACUGGGAAGUUUCCGCACAACGACUGGGAAGGCAAACGGAUCGUCGGAGACAGUCGGUGCGGCAAGGACUUGGCCGAUGGUUAUUUCUGCCAUGUCAUGUUGCUCAAGGGCGACAUGGAGGCCACGAAGAUCGGAACGGGCGCGACCGCUUGGAACAACUGGGACCCUGGUGCGCCAUGGCGGGACACAGUCUUCCUGCAGAAGGCCAGGUGGCGAGCACACUGCGUGAAGAUGAAGAAGGACGUGCACGCCUUAUUUCGGGAGCCUGACGACGGCGGUCUAGACUUGCACCCUUUCAUCAUGAUGCGUGACACCUUGCACGCGCUGGGUCUCGGCGACGCCCUGCACGUUACUGGCAAUACAUUGUUCCACAUGUGCUACAGCGACAUGGUCAAGGCACACGACCCCGUGGGUGCAUGCGCGUGGAUUUGGAGUGAGGUUUCCCGAGUCUACAAGGCCGAGAGUACGCCCUCUCGCUUCACAUAUCUGGACUUGACCUUCUUCACGAAUCCAGAGAAGCCAAUGGAGAAGGCACCGCUGCUCAAGGGCCACGCCGCGGGGACCAGGCACCUGAUCCCAGUGCUCGCGAAGAUCUUCAAAGUGAAGCAUAGGCCUGCGAACAGGUACGAGGGUCUCAUCAGCAAGAUGCUCGACAGCCUCACAAUGAUAUACAGGCUCCUCGAGACCGAGGUGGACGGGGAGAGGCCGUUCUUUCUCGACCCCGACACCGUCGUGGCUCCGCUGCGGCAGAACAUCGACUUCUUCUUGGCGGCAUACCAGCAGUGCCAGGAGAUGGGGGAGAUGCUGCAUGACAGGGCGGACUUUUGGCACGAUGUACCGAAGUUCCACGGCCUCUGGCACGUGGGUUACGAGGCGCAGCACAUGAACCCCGACGUGGCCAAGUGCUACAUCAACGAGGACUUCCAGCUGAAAACGAAGACGUUAGGAGCGUCGGUUCGGCAUGGGUCGGUUGCUGCCAAGCGUGCAAUCAAGAUUUGCCAGAAAUGA